GUCGGUUCAUAGCCAUUGUCCAUCCAUCCUCUAACCCAUCGUCCGUCGGUAGUCUGUGCUAAGCUAGUGCGUUUCUUUCGUCCAUCAGAGAAUGGUGUCCUGUAUAGAGAUCUCCUCCACCGUUUUGUAGCGGUCAAGGCCGAGCAUUAGUGACCGCAGUGCCGAGGGGCUGUCGCAGUUCUUGAAGUUUUACUUUGCACAACUUCGUAUUAUUGUAAUAAGUAACUAGUCGCUGUGAAAUCGACGUUUUUAACCGCGUUUUAGCAACCAUCCGCAAACACUUACUAAACUCUAACUUUUGUGAAGUACUCAGUGGGUGAUUCCCAGUUUUCAACUGCUCCAAGACCCGGGGGCAGUAAAAUUAUCUUUUGCUUCUUUACAGAUAAAAACUAAUAAUUGCAAUGUUACUGCAUUAUUUAGUUUUAAACAGUUGCCUUUUGCUAACUGCUAUGGCAUCUCAAACUACUACUUCAGAACAAGACGAAGAAGAGAACGACAUGACAAGGAAGGUCUUGGGAUCCAGCGUAGUAACAUCGGUGUCAGUUAUAAUGGACACUGGCAAUGGGUCAGCAUUCUGGGAUGCCGCGGGCAAGCCAGUCCAAAAACCGGCGUCCGCUUCUCAGCUGGCAAGUCCAAUAAAUUUACUUAAUCCGGACCGAUAUGAAUUCUACACUUUUAACGAUAACGGCGACCUGAUCAAGAGACUUAUGACACUCGAGGAAAUCCAAGGUAUUAUAGCAAGCGGGGACGGGGAGGCGACCAAUUACAACACCCAACUGCUUGAAAACGUUCCCAAAAAAGACCUAAACUCAAUCUUAAGCAACGUACAGAGCGUUCUUAAAAAGGAAAUUGAAUCCCAUCAGUCCACAUCCAGUGUUAAACCCGUUUAUGAUACUCCAGACGUUUCCUCAACCUGGAGCAUGAUUCUGCCAGCAAUUUUUGGUAAUUCGGGAGACGAAAUACAACUCCAAAAACCGCAAGGCGUUGUCACACCGGAAACGAUCACCAUUGAAAACGCUACAGUUGUUCCUUUUGUUGCACAACUAGCAGAAAUCAAAACUGACAAUGAUGCAGCAACAACGAACCUUCAUGAAGUUGCCUCAUCACCAGUAACAACCCUUCCAGAACUAAAACCAAUCGAAAUUCAACCCACAGAAGCAGUAACGACUGAAAAUGUUGACAAAAGAGAAUCAACCACUAAGGAAGAAGUAGCGACUGAAAUUCUUCUUCUACCUCAGACAAAAAUUACAACACAGUCCUCUUCUUCCACAACUACACCAGCUUCCAUCUUGGAAGCUAAAACCACUCAAAAGGAAAAUGUUGAUACUCCUAUUAUUCAGGUGGUUAUAACCGAAAAGGAACCCGAGAAUGUUCCUGAAAGCUCACCAAAACCUGUACAAACGACUACGGUAAUUCCCGUCAAAGAAAAUGAUAGCCUUCCAAGUGGUUCCAAUUAUGAAUUUAGUACGUUACAAAACGUGAAUCAACUAGAAUUGAAGAAGACGUCUUCUGAAUCUUCGGUACAAAAUAUAAGUACAACUGAAGUUCCUGUAAAGACAAAAUCAACCGAAACAAUUCUAUUGAUACUAUCUACGAUUAAAAAAGACCCGACGACAUUAAUUCCAAUAUCUUCGCACGAGUCCUCUUCUGAAUUAACACCACCAUCGCCAACAACAACAAGUAGCAAAAGAGAAACUUCAGUUGUUACUAAGUCAUAUUCAGAAACCUCAACAAAACCGUAUCAACAAAUCAACGAAGAACAUUCUUCUGCUACCGAAGAUAUUAAAAACAAUACCGAUUCAUCAACACCAGCUUAUGAAAAAUUCAACAAAGACGAUGAUUCGACGGUGUUCUACGAAAAGGUUCAUUUGGUCGCAGUGCCUUCAUCAACACCAAACAGCAACGAAAACCGGACAUCAACAAUUAAAGACAAAUUAACCGAAACUCCCGACUAUUACCAAUCAUCUUCAUCAGAAACGCUUACACACGAGCUCAUUAAACCCCAGAACGUUACUUUCACUAACAAUCCGAAAGAUGAAGUAACGUCUACAUUAAAAUAUGAAUCCACUCAACUUCCUGUAAUCGAUAGCGUAGCUACAGAUUCAAAUAUUCGGCCCCAAGUAUCUCAAGGAGGUGACGUAAAUACUGGUUUUAAUGACGGCAAUUUAAUUCAAGCUAUGGACGAUCUUAUUUCACAAAUAAUGGGCUUUAAUCAGACAACAAUAGAAUAUUCAUCGACUAUUCCUGGGCCUAUUGCAACAAAUGAAGAUGUUAAAUUAGGAGAUGAAGACUUAAGUCGAACAGAAUCGUUGCUUCUUUUAAAUUUGACAGAAACCAACGGUACUAAAACCAACCCAGAUCCAAUCGAUUUACACGAUUUAUCAAGUCUUGUUACCACCCUGGCAAAUAUUAAUGAUCUUACUGCGGAACAUAGCUCGACGUAUGCUACUGAAUUGAAUCAGACGUUCAACGAUUCAUCAGAAGGAGACAUUCUCACAUUCAACGUGAAUCCACAAGGAUUACAGUUCUCAGAAACCACAAGAAUUUACCAAACUACUACGGAAGAUUUACGAAAUUUCAGCACAACUACGAUUGCUUCUACCACAGACGAAAAGGAAAUGGAAUCUUUAGAAACAUCGGAAGACAACAGUCCAUCCAAAAAUGAAAUAAGCAUUGUACCAUCUCAAACAAACAACCAAAUUUUGAGACAACCUAUAAGUGAAACUACUACAGAAAGGAUAUUUUCGACAACAGAUUACAUACUCACAACCUUAAACGAAGAUUUUACUACUCAUAACAUUCAUAAAAUAAAUUCAUUAAUAAGCAACGAUUCUGACAAGGAAUCUUCGCAAAAUAAGCCUAUUUACGAAACAAUUGCUAAGGAAGAUGACACAAGAAGUACAACAACCAAGAAACCAAUUGAGCUUGUUGAAGAAAGAAAGCCCCUUUUGGAUUCUAACAACUCUUCUUCAAAUAUCUCCAAUUUUGAACCUGUUUCUCCAUCUACAAAUGAACUUCUUCACACCUCGCCCUCAAAUAAUAUUCAAUAUCACAGCGUAACUGAAAGCAAAAAUAAUCUUAUAACAGAAGGAAACGCCCCAAACAGUACAGAUUUGUACGUCAGGAUAACUGCAGCACCAGUUAAUAGAAUUGGCGCAUCCUCUUCUACAACGACGUUGAAUUAUAAACCAACUGGGCAAACCACAGAAAACGUACAAACCACAACAACAGAAGCAUCUUCUAGGAGACCAGUUGAAGUUAAACCUACCACCAGCAUUCCUUCGGAAGCAAAACUUGAACAAAAGCCGGUUCAAAUAAAGCCCAUCACAACGUCUCCAGAAAUAUUAUCUAGCAGUGAAACAAACUGGAAAUUAAUAUCAACAAUUCCCCCGCCCAAAGAAGUACCUUCAACUUCAGCUGACAAGAAAAUUACCACGACAACUGCAAAUUCGGUCGAUUUAAUUCCCGACAGUGGCCAGGGUUACGGUUUGGAAGAAACAACCGCAUUCCUCGAUACCGACGUCUAUAGAUUCACAGAAUUAUGCAACGAGCUAUCUUUCAGCCUGUGGAGCAGAAUGUACAAGUUUGUCGAUUCAGCAAGGAGCAUAUUCCUUUCACCUUUUGCGACGACAUCGAUGUUAGCGAUGGUGUUCCUUGGUGCCAGAGGCGCAACAUCCGGAGAAAUGAACGAAGUUUUAAAACUCGAUGACAUGGUGACCUUUAAUCCUCACUCGGUAUUCAAAAAUGUUACGGACACAAUCGAAAUUUCUAAAGAUUCCGGAAUAGCCGCUUCCGUCAUUUUACGAGAACUUUACAGCGACAAAACUAAAGGAAAACUGUUAAGCUUUUACAAAGAGAGAGUUCGACAUUUCUAUGAUGGGCAUGUCGAGGAAGUCAAUUUCACCAGCAUAUCAGACGUUAUCAGAAGAAGAACCAAUCUUUUAGUGAAGCGGUACACAUGGGGUAAGAUUCACGAUUACCUCAAAGACAAUGCGAUUUCGGCAAGACCACCGUUGGCUGCUGUAACAGCCAGCAUUUUUCAAACUGAUUGUUCACACACGUCAACAACCGGAAGAGAUGGCGAACUACACUUCGUGUUUGCUCCAACAACUCGUCAAAGAAAACUUGUCCCUAUUCCUGCAGCGGUUUGGCACUCAGGAUUCCUGGCAGGUUACGAUCCUGGUUUAGAUGCCACCGCUGUAUCCUUGGGAACUACCGAAAGUACAGUCAGUACCAUAUUGGUCAUACCCGGUCAACAAGGCAUUGCUGCUCCUGGUGAUGGUUUGGCAAGGCUAGAAGAACGUCUGAUCAAAACCGCUUUCAGCCAGGGCUCUUGGUCGCGACUUCUCAAGUCCCUUAUACCACGACCAGGUUUAGAAGUCCAAAUUCCCCGUUUCGCACAUCGAUCAACCAUCAAUACAACGUCAGCAUUAGAACAAAUGGGCUUGAAGGAAUUGUUUAACCCAUCAAAAGCUGACUUGAAAGGUCUGAACGGAAAUGCGCACGAAAUGUACUUAUCAGAUCUUAUUCAAGUUAAUUACUUCGUUUUGUGUGGAGAAGGGAAAGUUAGUGAUAGACACUACUUCGAAGAAUACCCACUUAAUUUGGAACACACGAUCAGAAACAACAGAGGUUUGAAGUUCCAACCUGAAAAUUAUCCUUGGACCGAUCCUAGGGAAUUUCAAAGGGCUUUUGACGACUCACUUUAUGAUACCAGUCUCUUGAACGUUCCAUUACCUUUACGACCUCGACAGGCUAGAGUUCCUGACACCCCACGAUUAAGGUUCGACAGGCCCUUCUUAUAUUUUGUUAGACACAACCCCACAGGACUUAUACUACACAUGGGGAGGUUCAAUCCAAUACUAUUUCAAUGACCUUUUUUGUAUAAAUUGUGUGUAAAUUGUGACGACGUAUCAUAGACGAUAAUUCAAAGGUUUAUAGCGAAAAAAAUUUGCUUGAAUUUUUGAAUAGGUACAUACUUUGCCCCCAAAUGGGCAACAUUUCAAGUGGCCCCUGAACAGAGGAUUUUCUUGAAUACUAAUGAAUAUAAACGGUUUAACUUACACGCUCAAAUUUAGAGCCGGGCCUGUGUAAUACUCAUUAAUAUUUAUCGUCGUUUUUACCUAAUUUUAAACGCCUGGUAUUACGAUUAGAGAUACAAACUAAAUAAUUAAAAAAAAUGUUAUUAUUCUUAACAAUGCAUUCCUAUAAUAAUUUUUAAAUUGCAUCCUUUAAAGUUUAAUCAAUAUUUACUGUGAAACAGUAAUUAUCCUAAUAAAAUUAUUACCUAAUUAUAAUCAUUUAACAACCAAUACUGCGACUAACUUGUUAGAUAAUGUUACCAAAAUGCUUCAAAAAUCACCCACGUUCGAAUACUUAGAAGCCAAAGGACAUUUAUAACUAUCUUCCUUUCGUUUUAUGUUUCAAAUCAAUGAUAAGACGACAUAUCCUUUAGUUCAAAAAAGAUAAUUUGGAUAGAUUGUAGUUAUUUAUUUAUGUAUUAGGAGUAACUUAAUAUCUAUACAUAGAUAGAAUAUUUUAGCUUGUAACUUUUGUAUAACGUGAUAUUAAAUAAAAUUUCACACUUA